CUAAAUUUGGCUGCUUUAAAGUAUCGGAAGAUUUAAUCGCGCGACUUGAGCGUAUAACUAACCAGAAGGCGCAUCCGAUGUUACGUCGUGGAUUAUUUUUUGCUCAUCGUGAUCUGUCAUUGAUUCUUGAUCGUGUGGAGCAGAAGAAACCGUUCUUCCUGUAUACUGGCCGAGGUCCGAGUAGUGGCAGUUUGCACCUCGGGCAUCUCAUCCCGUUUUUGUUCGCCAAAUGGUUGCAGGAUGUUUUUGAUGUUCCACUCAUUAUCCAGAUGACAGAUGAUGAAAAGUACCUUUGGAAAGAGCACUCGUUGGAGGAAGUCAAGAAGAUGGCCAAUGAAAAUAUGAAAGAUAUCAUUGCUUGUGGCCUUAAUCCAGAAACAACUUUUAUCUUCCUAGAUACUGAGUAUAUGUGCCCGGCCUUUUUCACAAAUGUGCUGAAAAUAUCGAAGAAAGAUCCAUAUUUCCGUAUGUGUCGCGACGUUGCGCCUCGACUGAAAUGUCCAAAGCCAGCCAUGAUAUACAGCUCAUUUUUGCCGGCUCUGCAAGGUGCCAAGUCAAAAAUGGCAGCAUCGGAUUCAAUCAAUAAGUAUGCGUUUAGUGGCGGUCGCGAUACCAUUGAGGAACACCGUAAAUAUGGCGGUAAUUGUGAAGUGGAUGUUUCUUAUCAGUUUUUGCGCUAUUUUAUGGAGGACGAUGAUGAGCUGGAGAUGUCGUUGAAAUCUCCUGAACGUUUUUUCUAUUUGUCACUAAAAUUUUGUGAAUGUCAUGUUGAUUUGCGUAUUGCACUGGUACUGGCAGUCAUUUGAUA